AUGUCUUGGACUACAUUCUCUCCCCCAAAAUCUUUUUCAGGGGCUCCUUCAUUGACUGGUAGGAUUGCUGAAAACUGGAAUAAUCUACACCUUAGCAACUCGGAGCAGGAAUCUUUCGUGCUCGAGCCCGCCACUAAAAUUGGCUUGAUCAUCGCUCUGUGGUUCCUGGCUCUGUUCACGGCCCGUCGACGACUGUACCCACAGCGAUCGAAUGACCUGACCACAAGAAGAUACCAAUUCCUGAAACAUAUGGUAUACACUACCAUUGAUCUCUUUAUUAUUCUCUUCUGCGACUACCGAAUGUUCGAAAAUGGCUUCGUGGAGAUCUCCAAGGUAGCUCUAGUGUUAGCCGUAUACAUGCGGCUUUACUGGAUCCUCACCGAAUCGAACUUCAUGGAGCAUAGUCAACCUCGCAUCCCCUUCAACCCCUUCGCCCCGCAGCAAGUCGACCCGGACCGAUUAGGACCCCCGAAGGAAAUCGCAAGCGGAGGGAAACAAUGGCCCCAACGCCCCAUGGGUAACUGGGAUGACGAUGACGACGAUACAGAUGAUGCUGCGGACAGUUUCCUACCACCAGCUCUUAAGGUACCAACUCAGCCAGCAGCUAAAGCACCAACCAAGGCACCAACCGAGAAACCAGCGCCCAAGGAUCAGAAAAAGGAUUAUGGCGAAGCUAGUGACAAGGUCCAAAAGCUGGCUAAACAAAACCAGCCCAAAGCGGAUAAGGACAAAACCAAAGGCCCAGCUCCUCAGAAAGAAGCCGCCGCCACUCAGAAGGAUAAGGCCAAGACUACUACUGCGAAAUCGUUCCUAGAUGUAAAGGUACUAACCCAGGAUACGAGCAAUAACGCAGCUAAAUCCGCCACAGCUGGUGGGAUUGGCAUGAAUGUAGUAAGCGCAACUAACAACUUCUCUGAAGACGAGGACGUGAAGCCAGUGAUUACAGAUAAAGUUACCCUUGGGGAUUUAUUUGACCUUUUCGCGGAAUACAUGUAUGGUUGGGCGGGGACGUUUUGGUCGCCAUUUGCUCUUAUGGGUAGGGCAAUCAAGGUCACUUUGGGUUUUGGCUCAUAUGGGCCCUCCCGUCGCCGAAAGACAAAGCCUAGCUACAUCUAAUUCUUGUUUUCUCGUUGCGAGGCAAUUCUACCUAAGAACUUAAGUAGAUACGUAAAAUAUUUAGGAUGAGUUAGCUUCUGAAUUGACAUAGUUUCUUUUGUACAUUACCAAUUUUAGUGAACGUGACUCCAGAUUGUGACUUGCUUGAAUCAUUGUUACCUAGGAAUUAAUAGGCACUCACAUGGGUACUAGGCCUCUUGAUAUACGACACCAGUUUAAUCUCCAAGCCAGUUGUUAUAAUUCUCGUGAUGGAAGUGGUUAUUGUGGCCAAGAGUAUUAUAGACCUAGAAAAGCUUUUUAGUUAUCGGCCUUAGUAUUACCUCUUAGUAUUGGUAAGAACCUAUGAAAACUUAAAAGAUAUCUAAUCGAUCUUUACAUCUCCAGAUCUUCUAUUGGGC